CCCCGCUCGGUUCAGUCCUGCGGUGUCCCGUUGGAGGACAGUCUCCGUGAACUCGGGAGGGGAAGCGCUGCUGUUAAAACUCCCAGGAUUUACACUCUGCCAUUUUGAGCGAAACCCUGCCGACGGCGGAGUUCAGACGUGUCCAUCAAACCGAAGCGAUGCCCUGAAUGAACCGCGUCAGGGGAACUUAGGAGUCCAGCAAACGAGGAACUGUUGCUUUAAUCGGUCGUCAGCCAUGUGUUCAACAAAUCAUUCAAACUGGGUCACGUUUGAAGAUGACAACACGCCGCUCUCAUCACCUCAGAAGCCCCUACAGUCGCCAGACCUUAUCAAAGUAUCAGUGCCACGUCCCAAUGGUCUGAAAUUAAAGCCUCCUCCAAUCAGAGAUACUUCCUGGAGCUUCAGUAGUUCCCUGGAAUCCCCUCAAAGCCAAUCAAGUCUUAGCGGAAGUUCUUGUGUACCGUGUAACACGCUCUUUUGCUCUCCCGUGAGUGCGGUUCCUAGCAGUGCAUCCCCGUCUAACUCGUGGGAAAAGACAGAGUUCUUCCGGAGCCUCUCCCGCACGUCGACAACCUCGGUUCCCUCUCCCGCACCAGAUGCCCUGAGUCCAACCUCGGAUGGACCGAGCCCUUUCCCUUCUUUCCAGGGGAACUCAGGACACUAUAACCCCUUCUGGGAUGGAUCCAGAUACAGUGCUGAUGUGGACAGCUCCUCGUCGGACUCAGAAUCUGACAACGCCCUACCACGUUUCUUUAUUCGGACCAAAGACGGCAGUGAACCUGCACGGGACCAACUCCAGAACUCCUUCUCCUACGCUUGCCGCAACCUGGAAAACCUACAAGUUAAAACGGAGACCGAAAAUGACAGGGAGCGGCGGCUGAGUUGCAAAUACGAGGUGUUAAGCGACAGUCCAUCUCAGUUUGCUCCUCGGGGUCUGUUCCGUAGCCAAAAGAGAGACGGCUGGUCUGUCAUGCUCAGGAUUCCUGAAAAGAAAAACCGGAUGUCCUCUCGACAGUGGGGGCCGAUCUAUCUCCGCUUGUUGCAAGGAGGCGUGCUGCAGAUGUUUUAUGAGAAGGGGCUGGAGAAGCCGUUCAAGGAGUUCCAGCUUCUCCCUCAGUGUAGGCUCUCUGAUCUUAAACUGGAAAGCUACACCGAGCCUCGCAAAGUCCUCACGGUCAAGGUGGAACAUUUCUCCUACACUGAAAAGAAGCGUUACCACCCAAAGCUUGAGGUCAGUCACGAUGCCGAAGUGGAGCAGCUGCUGAAGUUUGGCUCCACGGUGCACGACGAAAUGGAAGACCUGGUCGUCUCCAUGGAGGAGGAGAUCUUCAAAAUGAGCGUUCCCCACCAGCAGAGGCGGCACUACGAGGAGCAGGAGCUGUCAUUGCAGAUCACCGACCACAUCUGGGUACAACUGGAUAAAUCUGGAGGGGUCCUAGAGCGAACAGCCUUAACGCAGAUCCACUGUCUUGCCUUUCUGAACGGACUAGGCGACUGUUUUCUCGCCCUCAACGACCUCAGGUUGCUGCACUUUGACUCCAGCUACGGGUCCGAAGAGGACUCCGAAGCCUGGAUGGAGAUCGGAGACUGCCAUUUCCACAGAUGCGUGAAUGAGACUGAGUUUCAGAGAUCCCGACUGGUUAAGUUCUCCCCCCCUGACGCGUGCCGGGUGGAGGUGAUGCGGUACAAAACGACCGUCUUGGGCUGCACGGAAAUUCCCCUCUCGAUCAAAGCCGUGGUCACGGUUCAAGGCGCCUACGUGGAGCUCCAGGCCUUUCUCAACAUGUCCGCCCCCUUCCUCUCCUCCAUGAGGACGUCCGAACCUCAUUACCCGCUGUGCGAGAAUGUAGUGAUCCGAGUGCCAGUGCCGGGCGACUGGGUCAAAGUGACGCAGACGGUGGCUUUGCUGCGGCAGAGGUCGCUGAAGGCCAGAAUGAACAGAAACGCCUGCUUGGGCGCGGUCACCACUUCGGAUUCGCAGCCCGUCAUGCAGGUGUCAAUCGGCACAAUCAAGUACGAGAAUGUAUAUUCAGCCAUCGUGUGGAGGAUUGACAGACUACCCGCGAAAAAUACAGCGGUGGAUCAUCCCCAUUCAUUUUCCUGCAAGCUAGAGCUAGGAUCUGAUCAGGAGAUCCCGAAUGACUGGUACCCCUUUGUCACCAUGGAAUGUGAAAUAAUGGGCGCGGUUGUGUCGGAGACCAGGGUUAAAUCCCUGGGCACUGUGAACGACAUUCAGCCACAGAAACAUGUGACCAGUUGGACACGCUAUCAUUGCCAGGCCAAACUCUACCUGUCCAUCAUCGAUGAUGUGAUUGACAGCAUGAGGGAGCUCUUCUUGGACGAAGGGCUUGAAGACCGCGUCCUCGACGACUUAAGACAUCUCUGGGAGUCAAAGAUGAUGCAGUCAAAAGCAAUGGAAGACUUUAGGAAAAACAAUAUCAACUCGUCCAACUUCGUGCUCCAGCUUCCCGCCAGCUACAGUCAGACUGAUCAGGAACUCACAGCCUCUGUGAUCCCUGCGAGUCAGAAUAUCCACAGCUUCCCAGUCAAGAAUAAUUCAGAGGCGCUUGCUACUUUUUCCCUCCCUGCUGGGUUAACGUACCCGGUGCAGAUACCAGCAGGAGUCACUCUGCAAACAGCCUCUGGUCAACUCUACAAGGUCAAUGUUCCUGUUGUGGUCACUCAGGCCCCGGCGGGUCAGCAGCCCAUAUCACAGCCUGCUAAGAAAGUCAUUGAAUGGAAGGAAGCUUCUGCAUCUCAGCCGGCUCCGGUCCCACCAGAUCCCGUUCCUCCUCACGACGAAGAGCCGUCCUCUGUCCCAGCUUCUCCUGUCACGCAUCCAGAGGCCACUUCGCCCCUCAGUGAAGAGAGCAGCCUUCCCCAGGGCUCCUCGGAGCCAGAGGUCACAGUGGUGGAAAAUGAGCCACAGGUCGAAGUGGUGAACGUCAGUGUGGCCGCCUCACCCUGCGCCGAGCUGUUAGACUUUGAGAUCAGCACAGAGGAGGCUCUGACGACGCAGGCCAGAGACGUCGACGACAUCCUGAAAGAAGUGAUCGAGGAGGAGCGAGAGAAAGCAGGAAGGCUGGAGCUGGAUUACAGCUACAGUGAACUGUCGGACAUCGUUCAGCUGGACGGUCCCGCAGGCAACUCUGACCUGGAGGAGGAAGACGGGGUUCCUUUGGAAGAGAACGACUUUUUGGGUAUAAUCAAUGCAGAGGCCAUAAAGGCCCUGCAGGAAGGAAGCAGUGAGGGCAGCAGCAUCUCCUCAAGCAGCGACGGCGAGGGGGCAGAUGAGCUUGCUAAUGUAGAGGAAGAGGACCCUCUGAAUUCAGGCGAUGAUGUGAUUGAGCAGGACAUCCCGGAUCUCUUUGACACCGAUAAUGUCAUUGUUUGCCAAUAUGACAAAAUUCACCGGAGUAAGAACCGCUGGAAGUUUCAUCUGAAGGAUGGAGUGAUGUGUUACGGAGGCAGAGACUACGUGUUUUCUAAAGCCGUUGGGGAAGCAGAGUGGUAAUGAGCUUUAGUCCUCCUCAACAGAUCAGAUAAUUACAGAGAAAAAAGACAGUUUAAAAGGAGGAAGACGACCACUAAAUCUUGGUGCUGAUGUAAUUUGGCUCACAGCAAAGGCAGUUAAGAGACCACUGUGCGAAAUUACUGAUGUUUUUUUUUUUAUUAUGCCAUUAUCAGAGCAGUACUGCGAGUCAUUUACGAUGUUAUAGACAAUUAGUUACAAUGCUGCUUGUGACGCCACUUUCACUGAGACAGAACGGCAUGGAUUUAUGUUGCAUUAUGUUUUCCCAAACAUUGUUUUCUUUAUUAGUGGAGCAAAAAAUUAUUUGAUAUGUUUUCUCUUGUCAUUAAUUCUUUGAAGAUGCUAAUGCGUUGCUUGAUUUUCAAACACUUCAAAUACAUGACACCGUUGUGCUGCA